AAUUUUUUUUCUUUCUAAUUUUUCGAUCCAGUUGUCAGUAAUCGUUCCGGCAAUCGUCUGAAGUAUUUUCCGUGUAUUUAGAAUUUAAGCUUAUUUAUUAGAUUUAGAAACAACAAAAAUAUCAUGGGGGACUCCCUAGACGGGAGCGAAAGCGCCUCGGAAGCGCAAAACGUUGUGGCAGUAGAAUUUCAAGAUUUUGCUAAUUACCUGCGCAGAGCUGCAACGGUACUUUUACCUGAAGAUGACAUCGUUCCACCUGCACUAAACGCUGCAUUGGACGACAAAGUUAACCAAGAUUGCAUUAGAAAGUUUAUUUCUGAUCCACAAGUGUCGUCACUUUAUGUUCAGCGUUUUUCUCUAAAAGAAGAUGAUAGUGAGCAGCCCACAGAAGGUGAAGAAGAGAAGGAGGCUGUUAACUAUCAAAUCAGCAAUGAGGUCCACUUCACAUCACCACGAGUUGCAGCAUUUGUUUGCAUCAAGCGUGGUGCAGUUAUUGAAGCUGAUAAAUCUAUACACAGCCAGAUGCGUCUUAUCAAUCUCUCUGAUGGCUCACCAUAUGAGACCUUACAUGCUUUCAUCAGCAAAACAAUGGCACCUUUCUUUAAGAGUUAUGUGAAAGAAAGUGGAAGAGCUGACAGGGAUGGAGACAAAAUGGCACCAUCAGUGGAAAAAAAGAUAGCCGAGUUGGAGAUGGGAUUGCUCCACUUGCAACAGAAUAUUGAUAUUCCUGAAAUCACUUUGCCUGUUCAUCCUCUGGUUGCUACUGUUAUUAAAAGGGCUGCUGAUGAAGGUCGCAAACCGCGUGUCGCCGAUUUCGGUGACAAAGUGGAAGACUCGACAUUCCUUAAUCAGCUGCAGAAUGGAGUCAACCGUUGGAUUAAAGAAAUACAGAAAGUAACAAAGCUAGACCGUGACCCAUCGAAUGGUACAGCUUUACAAGAAAUAUCGUUUUGGCUCAAUCUGGAGCGAGCGUUACAUCGCAUUCAAGAAAAACGUGAAAGCAUUGAAGUUGCUUUAACUCUGGAUAUACUGAAGUAUGGUAAGCGUUUCCACGCGACCGUAUCUUUUGACACCGAUACAGGACUGAAGCAGGCUCUCGCUACAGUCUCUGAUUACAAUCCGCUCAUGAAAGACUUUCCCAUCAAUGAUCUACUUAGUGCUACAGAACUAGAGAGAAUCAGGUUGGCAGUGCAACAAAUAUUCUCGCAUCUUCGUAAGAUUCGAUCUACGAAAUAUCCAAUCCAGCGUGGUCUGAGACUUGUUGAAGCUAUUUCACGAGAUCUAGGUCAGCAACUCUUGAAGGUUCUCGGCACAAGACGCUUGAUGCAUAUUCCAUUUGAAGACUUUGAACGGGUUAUGACUCAGUGCUUUGAAGUAUUCUCAUGCUGGGAUGACGAGUUCGAAAAACUACAAGGUCUUUUGAGGGACAUUGUGAAAAAGAAGCGUGACGAGCACAUAAAGAUGGUAUGGCGCGUAUCGCCGUCGCACAAACGGCUGCAGGCGCGUAUGGAGCACAUGCGUCGCUUCCGACGACACCACGAGCAGCUGCGCACUGUCAUGUUACGUGUAUUGCGUCCCCGUGUGACUGUGAACGCAGAGCAAGCGGGCGGGGAGGUGACGCAGCCGCUCUCGCUGCCUAUGGAUGCCGCCGACGCCAACGCCAUCGCUGAGGUCAACUUGGCGUAUGAAAAUGUGAAGGAGGUGGAUUGUUUGGAUAUAUCGAGGGAGGGAUGCGAUGCGUGGGAAGCGGCUGUACGUCGAUAUGAAGAUAGAAUUGAUCGCGUGGAGACUCGCAUCACAGCGCACUUACGCGACCAGCUGGGUACUGCGAAGAACGCCAAUGAGAUGUUCCGCAUCUUCUCGCGGUUCAAUGCCCUGUUCGUGCGGCCACACAUCCGCGGCGCCAUCCGCGAGUACCAGACACAACUCAUACAGCGUGUUAAAGACGACAUCGAGACAUUGCAUGAGAAGUUCAAGGUGCAAUACCCUCAAUCGAAAUGCAGUCGUUUGUCCUUGGUGCGCGACUUGCCGCCAGUAGCCGGCUCCAUCAUCUGGGCGAAGCAGAUAGAUCAUCAGCUAACUGCCUAUUUGAAGAGGGUAGAAGAUGUUCUUGGCAAAGGAUGGGAAAAUCAUAUUGAGGGACAAAAAUUGAAAGCCGACGGUGAUAGUUUUCGUUUAAAAUUGGACACUCAAGAAGUCUUUGAUGAUUGGGCACGAAAGGUGCAGCAACGAAAUCUCGGUGUGUCGGGAAGAAUUUUCGCCAUAGAAUCCGUGCGCGCUCGCUCCAGCAAAACUGGGACAAUCUUGAAGCUAAAAGUCAACUUUUUACCUGAAAUUAUCACGUUGUACAAAGAAGUACGCAACUUAAAGAAUCUUGGAUUCAGAGUACCAUUGGCAAUAGUGAACAAGGCUCAUCAGGCGAACCAACUUUAUCCAUACGCGAUAUCGCUCAUCGAAAGUGUUCGUACAUACGAACGCACUCUAGAAAAGAUACGAGACAAGGCGUCUAUAAUACCUUUAGUGGCGGGUCUGCGUCGUGAUGUACUGAAUCAGGUGUCGGAGGGUAUGGCUCUAGUCUGGGAGUCAUUCAAGCUGGACCCCUACGUACAGAAGCUGAGCGAAGUUGUUCUGUUGUUCCAAGAGAAGGUUGAAGAUCUACUGGCAGUGGAGGAGCAGAUAUCAGUGGAUACGCGGUCGCUGGAGACUUGCCCGUACUCAGCGCAGAGCCUGGCUGACAUCCUGAGCCGGCUGCAGCGCGCCAUCGACGACCUCUCCCUGCGCCAGUACAGCAACUUGCAUCUGUGGGUGCAGCGUCUUGAUGAAGAGGUUGAGAAGAAAUUGGCGGCGCGUCUCCAAGCCGGUAUCGAAGCUUGGACUAUGGCUUUGUUAGGAAAGGCUAAUGAACUGGAUCUUUCCAUGGAUACAUACUCGCCUGCCGAGCCAACCCACAAGCCGGGUGGAGAACCGCAGAUCGCGCGUGUGGUGCACGAGGUGCGCAUCACCAACCAGCAGAUGUACUUGUUCCCGUCGCUAGAGGAGGCGCGCUUCCAGCUCAUGCGCCAGAUGUUUGCCUGGCAGGCUAUCGUCACCAGCCUGCACCGCCUACAGAGCACCAGAUAUCAAGUGGGCGUGGCGCGCACGCAGACCGUGACGUACAGGAACUUGUUGACCAAGCUGCCGGGCGGCUCCUCGCCAUUAGAGAACGCGUAUGACGCUAUCGAACAGAAGAUAUCCCAAGUUAGGGAAUACGUCGAUGAAUGGCUACGUUACCAAGCGCUAUGGGAUCUGCAGCCGGAAACAUUGUAUGGACGUCUCGGAGAAGACAUUACUUUGUGGAUCAAGUGUCUCAAUGAUAUUAAGAAAUCUCGCACCACAUUCGACACAUCGGACACGCGACGUGAGUACGGGCCGGUUGUGAUCGACUUUGCGCGGGUACAAAGCAAGGUUGCGCUGAAGUACGACGCCUGGCACAAGGAGGUGCUCGGCAAGUUCGGCGCACUGCUCGGCGGAGAGAUGGUGCAGUUCCACGCUCGCCUCGCCAAGUCGCGCGGACAACUCGAGCAGCAGACCAUCGAGGCGGCGUCUACCAGCGAUGCGGUUUCUCUUAUCACUUACGUGCAACAACUGAAGAGAGAAGUGUUGGCUUGGGAGAAACAAGUCGAUACCUACAAGGAGGCUCAGCGCAUCUUGGAACGACAGAGAUUCCAAUUCCCAACUCAAUGGCUGCAUGUUGAUAACAUCGAAGGUGAAUGGAGCGCUUUUAACGAAAUCAUGCGUAGGAAGGAUUCUUCUAUUCAGACCCAAGUCGCAUCACUCCAGCAAAAGAUUGUAGCUGAAGACAAGGCCGUGGAGACUCGUACGAUGGAAUUCCUGGGCGAGUGGGAGCGCAACAAGCCGACAGACGGCUCCACACGGCCGGAGGACGCACUGGCUCGCCUCCAGGUCAUGGAGACACGGUACACCAAGCUCAAGGAUGAACGUGAUAAUGUCGCCAAGGCUAAAGAGGCCCUCGAGCUCCAUGAUACUGGCAGUUCAGUAAACAACGAGCGCAUGACCGUGGUGAUGGAGGAGCUGCAGGAUCUGCGCGGCGUGUGGUCGUCACUCAGCAAGAUCUGGACUCAGAUUGACGACAUUAGGGAGAAGCCCUGGCUCUCCAUACAGCCCAGAAAGCUAAGGCAACAACUAGAAGCAAUGUUGAACGAACUCAAAGAGCUGCCAGCAAGACUCCGCAUGUAUGACAGCUAUGAAUACGUCCGCAAACUACUGCAAUCAUACACCAAGGUGAACAUGUUGAUAGUGGAACUGAAGUCUGACGCGCUGAAGGAACGACACUGGCGGCAACUGUGCCGCGCACUGCGCGUCGAGUGGGCGCUUUCUGAGUUGACACUGGGCCAGGUGUGGGACGCCGACCUGCUGCACAACGAGCACACAGUCAAAGAUGUCGUGUCCGUGGCGCAGGGAGAGAUGGCGCUAGAGGAGUUCUUGAAACAGGUUCGCGAGUCAUGGCAGAGCUAUGAGUUGGACUUGAUCAACUACCAGAAUAAGUGCAAGAUCAUCCGUGGCUGGGACGAUCUCUUCAACAAGGUCAAGGAGCACAUCAACAGCGUCGCAGCUAUGAAGCUCUCGCCAUACUAUAAGGUAUUCGAAGAGGAAGCACUGACAUGGGAGGAGAAACUGAAUCGCAUCAACGCGCUAUUCGACGUGUGGAUCGACGUGCAGCGCCGCUGGGUCUACCUCGAGGGCAUCUUCAGCGGCUCCGCCGAUAUCAAGACAUUGUUGCCUGUGGAGACUAGCCGCUUCCAGAGUAUCAGUUCUGAGUUCCUGGGUCUGAUGAAGAAGGUGAGCAAGUCCCCAAUGGUGAUGGACGUGCUGAAUAUCCCUGGUGUGCAGCGCUCGCUGGAGCGGCUUGCGGACUUGCUCGGCAAGAUACAGAAGGCACUCGGAGAAUACCUCGAGCGAGAGAGGAGCAGUUUCCCGCGGUUCUACUUCGUGGGUGACGAGGACCUGCUGGAGAUAAUCGGCAACAGCAAGAACAUCGCCCGGCUCCAGAAGCACUUCAAGAAGAUGUUCGCCGGCGUCGCGGCCAUCAUACUUAAUGAAGAUAACACCGUUAUAAAUGGUAUCGCGUCCCGAGAAGGUGAAGAGGUAUACUUUACAUCUCCGGUGUCGACUAUCGAGAACCCGAAGAUCAACUCGUGGCUGUCGCUAGUGGAGCGUGAGAUGCGUGUCACCCUCGCCUGCCGCCUCAAGGACGCAGUGUCCGAUAUCAAGCAGUUCAAAGACGGCAAUGUCGACCCUCAGAAGUUUAUUGAAUGGUGCGAUAAAUAUCAGGCUCAAAUAGUGGUGCUAGCAGCUCAGAUCUUAUGGUCGGAGGAUGUGGAGAACGCGCUGUCUAACGGCGGCGGCGAUGGACUCAAGCAAGUACUGACCCACGUAGAGGAUAUGCUCAACAUCCUCGCUGACUCCGUGCUGCAGGAACAACCACCGCUCAGGAGGAGGAAGCUUGAACAUCUGAUUAACGAGUUCGUGCACAAGCGCACGGUGACGCGGCGUCUGAUCGCGUCUGACGUCACCAGCGCGCGCUCCUUCGAGUGGCUCUGCGAGAUGAGAUUCUACUUCGACCAUAGGAAUAAUGAUGUGUUACAACAGCUGACUAUCCACAUGGCAAAUGCUAAGUUCUUGUACGGGUUCGAGUACUUGGGAGUGCAGGACCGGCUGGUGCAGACUCCGCUCACAGACCGCUGCUAUCUCACCAUGACUCAGGCGUUAGAGGCUCGCCUCGGCGGAUCGCCAUUCGGACCGGCGGGUACCGGUAAGACGGAAUCUGUGAAGGCGCUGGGCAAUCAGCUCGGCCGUUUUGUGUUAGUGUUCAAUUGCGAUGAGACAUUCGACUUCCAAGCAAUGGGAAGAAUCUUCGUCGGUCUUUGCCAGGUUGGUGCUUGGGGUUGCUUUGAUGAGUUCAAUCGUCUGGAGGAGAGAAUGUUGUCGGCCGUGUCCCAGCAGGUGCAGACUAUUCAGGAAGCAUUGAAGAGCCAUCAAGAAGGUGACAACACAGCUAAAUCCAUAACAGUGGAACUGGUUGGUAAACAAGUGCGUGUAAGUCAAGACAUGGCAAUCUUUAUAACUAUGAACCCCGGAUACGCGGGCCGCUCCAAUCUGCCCGACAAUCUGAAGAAGCUGUUCCGCAGCCUCGCCAUGACCACGCCUGACAGACAGCUCAUCGCCGAGGUGAUGCUGUUCAGCCAGGGCUUCAGGACUGCCGAGAAGUUGGCCUGCAAAAUUGUACCAUUCUUCAAAUUGUGCGACGAACAACUGUCGAAUCAAUCUCAUUACGACUUUGGUUUGCGAGCUCUGAAGUCAGUGCUGGUGUCUGCAGGAAAUGUCAAACGUGACCGCAUACAGAAGAUAAAGGAGAAUCUAAUAGAACGUGGUACUGAAGUACCAGAUGAAGCCUCCAUUGCUGAGUCCUUACCAGAGCAAGACAUUCUCAUACAGUCAGUCUGCGAGACAAUGGUACCCAAGUUGGUGGCUGAAGAUAUACCCUUGCUGUUUUCUUUGUUAAAUGAUGUAUUCCCUAAUGUUGGAUACACGAGAGCUGAAAUGACUGGUUUGAAGAAUGAAAUCCGCGCGGUUUGUGCCGAAGAGUUCUUAGUUUGCGGUGAAGGUGACGAACAAGGAUCGACUUGGAUGGACAAGGUGCUGCAGUUAUACCAGAUCUGUAAACUGAACCACGGUCUGAUGAUGGUCGGUCCAUCUGGCAGCGGAAAGUCCACCGCCUGGCGUGUACUACUCAAAGCACUAGAAAGAUUCGAAGGUGUAGAAGGCGUGGCUCAUGUAAUCGAUCCGAAAGCAAUGUCAAAGGAGACCUUGUAUGGUGUACUAGAUCCGAACACCCGUGAAUGGACUGACGGAUUGUUCACACAUAUUUUAAGGAAAAUAAUCGAUAAUGUUCGUGGUGAGAUUAACAAGCGUCAAUGGAUAAUAUUCGACGGCGAUGUGGACCCUGAGUGGGUGGAGAAUCUGAACUCCGUGCUGGAUGAUAACAAGCUGCUCACGCUGCCCAACGGAGAGCGUCUGUCCUUGCCGCCCAACGUACGCGUCAUGUUCGAGGUGCAAGAUCUAAAAUAUGCAACGCUGGCUACAGUAUCGCGUUGCGGUAUGGUUUGGUUCUCACAAGACGUACUCACAACUGAGAUGAUAUUUGAGAAUUAUUUGUUGAGAUUGAGAAAUAUUCCAUUGGAGGAUGGUGAAGAAGACUCAUUCAGCAUCGUAAUGGCAGCUCCAACAGCUGGAGGAGAUCAGAAUGCGACAGAAAAUAUACUAUCACCCGGUUUACAGACUCAACGCGACGUAGCCGCGAUCCUUCAACCGUUGUUCUACGGCGAUGGCCUCGUGGUAAAGUGCCUCGAACGCGCUGUCUCUCUCGACCAUAUAAUGGAUUUCACUCGACACCGCGCUUUAUCCUCGUUACACUCGAUGCUUAACCGCGGCGUGAGGAAUAUACUCGCGUACAACAGACAGCAUCCCGACUUCCCUGUUACUAACGAUCAGCUAGAAGCAUACGUACCAAAGUGGUUGGUAUAUUCGUUGCUAUGGUCUUUCGCGGGUGACGCUAAACUUAAGGACCGGAAUGAAUUGGGUGAUUUUAUACGAUCAGCUAGUACUAUGGUCCUGCCUAAUUGCGGAGCCAAUCAACACAUUAUUGACUUUGAGGUAUCGAUAACCGGGGAAUGGGUGCCGUGGUCAGCGAAGGUGCCUCAGAUCGAGGUGGAGACGCACAAGGUAGCGGCGCCCGAUGUUGUGGUGCCCACACUGGACACGGUGCGACAUGAGGCCUUGCUGUACACGUGGCUCGCGGAACACAAGCCCUUGGUGCUGUGCGGUCCACCGGGAUCCGGUAAGACGAUGACGUUAUUCUCUGCGCUCCGAGCACUACCUGACAUGGAAGUGGUCGGCCUCAACUUCUCCUCCGCCACCACGCCGGAGUUGCUCCUCAAGACCUUCGACCAUUACUGCGAGUACAGGAAGACGCCCAACGGUGUUGUGUUGGCUCCCGUUCAGCUCGGCAAAUGGCUAGUACUGUUCUGCGACGAAAUCAAUCUACCGGACAUGGAUCAGUACGGCACGCAGCGAGUCAUCUCUUUCUUACGUCAACUGCUUGAGCACAAGGGCUUCUACAGAGCAUCAGAUCAUUCGUGGGUGCAUUUGGAGCGCAUUCAGUUUGUGGGCGCGUGCAACCCGCCCACAGACCCAGGCCGUAAGCCGCUCUCGCACCGCCUUCUCAGACACGUCCCUGUCAUAUAUGUUGACUAUCCCGGGGAAACUUCACUCGAACAGAUCUACGGCACGUUUACUCGUGCGAUGCUGCGCAUGCAGCCGUCACUGCGCGGGUACGCAGAGCCGCUAACGCAGGCGAUGGUACACCUCUACCUCGCGUCGCAGGAGCGCUUCACACAGGACAUGCAGCCACACUAUGUUUACUCGCCCAGAGAGAUGACACGCUGGGUGCGCGGCAUAUGCGAGGCCAUUAGGCCUUUGGAUAACCUGAGCGUAGAAGGUCUGGUACGUUUGUGGGCGCAUGAAGCAUUGCGUCUGUUCCAAGAUCGUCUAGUUGAAGACUCUGAAAGACAAUGGACGGAUGAAAAUAUAGACACUGUCGCUAUGAGAUUCUUCCCAGGUAUCAACCGGGAGCAAGCUUUGGCUCGUCCUAUCUUGUACAGCAACUGGUUAAGUAAAGAUUACGUGCCAGUCCAAAGGGAUCAACUUCGAGAAUAUGUCAAAGCUCGCCUAAAGGUGUUCUACGAGGAGGAGCUGGAUGUGCCUUUGGUGCUGUUCGAUGAGGUGCUGGAUCAUGUGCUGCGUAUCGACCGUAUCUUCCGCCAGCCACAGGGCCACCUGCUACUCAUCGGAGUCUCCGGUGCCGGCAAGACCACGCUCAGUCGCUUCGUCGCAUGGAUGAAUGGACUCAGCAUCUUCCAAAUUAAGGUGCACAACAAAUACACUGGUGCAGACUUUGAUGAAGAUUUACGUUCGGUGCUGCGCCGCGCCGGAUGCCGCGAUGAGAAGGUCGCCUUCAUACUGGACGAGUCUAAUGUACUGGAUAGUGGUUUCUUGGAGCGCAUGAAUACAUUACUGGCUAACGGAGAGGUGCCUGGUCUAUUUGAGGGCGACGAGUUCGCAGCUCUGAUGACUCAAUGCAAGGAAGGUGCGCAAAGAGAGGGACUUAUGUUGGAUUCUAACGACGAAUUAUAUAAAUGGUUCACUGGCCAAGUGAUGCGCAAUUUGCACGUGGUGUUCACAAUGAACCCGUCCUCAGAGGGGCUAAAAGACCGCGCGGCCACUUCACCAGCGCUAUUCAACAGAUGUGUGCUUAACUGGUUCGGAGACUGGAGUGAUGGCGCACUAUUCCAGGUGGGCAAGGAGUUCACUCGGCGCAUGGACCUGGAGUGCGCGGAGUACGUGGCGCCGGCGGAGUUCCCCGCGGCGUGCGGCGAGCUGGGCGCGCGCCCCUCGCACCGCGACGCCGUCGUCAACGCCUGCGUCUACGUGCACCAGACCCUCCACCGCGCCAACGCGCGUCUCGCCAAGCGCGCCAACCGCACCAUGGCCAUCACGCCAAGGCACUACCUGGACUUUAUCCAGCAAAUGGUGAAGUUGUACGCGGAGAAGCGCGCAGACCUGGAGGAGCAGCAGCUGCAUCUAAAUGUCGGUCUCGGCAAAAUCGCCGAGACUGUCGAGCAGGUCGAGGAGAUGCAGAAGAGUCUUGCCGUCAAGUCUCAGGAACUUCAAGCAAAGAACGAGGCGGCCAAUGCAAAACUACGUCAAAUGAUAAAAGAUCAGCAUGAAGCUGAAAAGAAGAAAGUCGAAAGUCAGGAGAUUCAGGUUGCAUUAGAGAAGCAGACAAAGGAAAUUGAAGCUAAACGCAGAGAUGUGAUGGCGGACCUCGCGCAGGUCGAGCCGGCCGUCAUCGAAGCACAAAACGCGGUGCGUUCCAUCAAGAAGCAGCAGCUGGUGGAAGUGCGGUCAAUGGCCAAUCCGCCCUCCGUAGUCAAGAUGGCGCUUGAGUCCAUUUGUACGCUGCUCGGGGAAAAGGGGGACACGUGGAAGGGCAUCCGGUCCGUCGUUAUGAAGGACAACUUCAUAUCCACUAUUGUUAACUUCGAGACUGAGAAUAUCACUGACGAUGUACGCGAGAAAAUGAGAACUCGUUACCUCAGCAAUCCGGAUUACAACUUUGAAAAAGUAAACAGAGCCAGUAUGGCUUGCGGACCUAUGGUCAAAUGGGCUAUCGCUCAGAUCGAAUACGCAGAUAUGUUAAAGCGUGUUGAACCUCUACGUAAUGAGCUGAAGGCACUGGAAGACCAGGCGCAGACCAACGUCACUGCUGGCAAUGACGUGCGCGAACUUAUUGAACAGCUGGAGAAGUCCAUCGCGUCUUACAAGGAGGAGUACGCACAGCUCAUCAGUCAAGCACAAGCUAUUAAAACUGAUCUCGAAAAUGUACAAGCUAAGGUGGACAGGUCGAUAGCGCUGCUCAAGAGUUUGGUUAUCGAACGCGAGCGAUGGGAGUCCAGUUCGGAGACAUUCCGUUCCCAAAUGAGCACCAUAGUCGGCGAUGUAUUACUAUCAGCAGCGUUCAUCGCGUACGGCGGUUACUUUGACCAACACUACCGUCAGCACUUAUUCUCGACAUGGACGAGCCAUCUGGCGGCGGCGAGCAUCAAGUACCGCGCGGACAUCGCCCGUACUGAAUACCUUUCCAACCCUGACGAGCGUCUGCGCUGGCAGGCCAAUGCGCUGCCCACUGAUGAGCUGUGUGUUGAAAAUGCAAUCAUGCUAAAGCGCUUCAACCGGUAUCCAUUAAUCAUAGACCCAUCGGGACAAGCCACAGAAUUCAUAAUGCGAGAGUUCAACGAACGCAAGAUCACAAAGACAUCAUUCCUUGAUGACUCCUUUAGGAAGAAUUUGGAAUCGGCGCUGCGUUUCGGCAAUCCACUGCUCGUUCAGGAUGUAGAGAACUACGACCCUAUCCUGAAUCCGGUGCUGAAUCGCGAGCUGCGGCGCACAGGCGGCCGCGUGCUCAUCACGCUCGGCGACCAGGACAUCGAUCUUAGUCCAUCCUUCGUCAUAUUCCUCAGCACAAGGGACCCGACGGUGGAGUUCCCGCCAGACAUGUGCUCGCGUGUGACCUUCGUGAACUUCACGGUGACGCGUUCGUCUCUGCAGUCCCAGUGCCUGCAUCGCGUGCUCAAGGCGGAGCGCCCCGACAUCGACACCAAGCGCUCUGAUCUGCUGAAAUUGCAGGGUGAGUUCCAUCUUAGAUUGAGGCAAUUAGAGAAGUCUUUACUGCAAGCGCUCAAUGACGCCAAGGGCAAGAUCCUGGACGACGACUCCGUCAUCGCCACGCUCGAGACGCUCAAGAAGGAAGCCGAUGAUAUUGGACAGAAGGUGGAAGAGACCGACAAAGUUAUAGCCGAAAUUGAAACAGUCAGUCAGCAGUACCUGCCGCUAUCACAAGCGUGCAGCAGCAUAUACUUUACUAUGGAGUCUUUGAACCAAGUUCACUUCUUGUAUCAAUACUCCUUGAAGAUGUUCCUUGACAUCUUUAGUUCAGUGCUGGUGUGUCCCGCGCUUAGCGGCGUCACUGAUUAUACAGCUCGCUUGAAUACCAUCACUGAAGAACUGUUUACGGCGGUGUACGAGCGCGUGGCGCGCGGUAUGCUGCACACGGACAGGCUGACGUUCGCGCUGCUGCUGUGCCGCAUCCAGCUGAAGGGUACUGGCGCAGAAGACACGCUGGAGCGCCAGUUCGCGGUCUUCCUGCGCGGCAAGGAGGGCUUCGUGCCCGCCACAGAGCCCCUGCCGCCGCUAACACACCAGCAGCACGAUGCCGCCGCGAGGCUCAGCUCCAGACUACCGGAGUUCCGCCGUCUGCUGGAGAAGGCGAGCGAACUGCCAGAGUUGUCGGCGUGGCUGGCGCAGGCGGCACCAGAGCAGUGCGUGCCCACACUAUGGGACACGGAGCCCAGUGCGCCUCCCGCCCCCCACUCCCUCGCUAUGUACCGCCUGCUACUCAUACAGGCGUUCCGUCCGGACCGCGUGAUAGCGGCGGCGACUCAGCUGGUGGGUGCGGUGCUGGGCGGCGGGUUCAUGGCGCGUGCCGAGACCGAGUUAGAGCUGGCCGCCAUCACCGACACGCAGCUCAACGCCACCACACCCGCGCUACUCUGCUCCGUGCCCGGAUAUGACGCUAGCGGUCGUGUGGACGAUAUGGCGACAGAGCUGAACAAGCCACUGUCGAGUAUCGCUAUCGGGUCCGCGGAGGGCUUCAACCAGGCCGAGCGCGCCAUCAACACCGCAUGCAAGACUGGACGUUGGGUAAUGCUGAAGAACGUGCAUCUAGCUCCGGUAUGGCUUGUACAACUGGAGAAGAAGUUGCACUCCCUGCAGCCGCAUCCCAACUUCCGGCUGUUCCUCACCACGGAGAUCAGUCCCAAGCUGCCAGUCAACCUGCUGCGCGCUGGCCGAGUGGUCGUUUUCGAGCCUCCGCCCGGCAUACGCGCCAACCUGCUCAGAACAUUCGCCACUGUACCCGCAGCUCGUAUGAUGAAAGCUCCUUCAGAAAGAGCUCGCCUGUACUUCCUGUUAGCCUGGUUCCAUGGCAUCGUGCAGGAACGUUUGCGCUACGUGCCGUUGGGUUGGGCCAAGUACUACGAAUUCAACGAGUCGGACCUCCGCGUCGCCUGCGACACUCUCGACACAUGGAUAGACGCUACCGCUAUGGGUCGCACGAACCUGCCACCGGAGAAGGUGCCUUGGGAGGCUCUUGUGACGCUUCUGUCCCAAUGCAUCUACGGUGGGAAGAUCGACAACCUGUUCGACCAGCGUCUUCUUCACUCAUUCCUCUGCAAACUCUUCACGCCAAAGUCCUUCGAGGCGGACUUCGCGCUAGUUGCCAACGUCGAUGGGGCUACUGGCAACCAGCGUCACAUCACGAUGCCGGACGGCAACCGGCGUGACCACUUCCUCAAGUGGAUCGAAGACCUCUCCGAUAGACAAACGCCCUCGUGGCUUGGACUGCCCAACAAUGCUGAGAAGGUGUUGCUAACAACUCAAGGCAGCGACUUGGUCUCCAAGUUAUUGAAGAUGCAGCAACUGGAGGACGAGGAGGAGCUCGCUUACAACGCCGCGCAAGACGAUCCUAAUGCUAUAGUAGUUGUGGGCGACGGGCGGCCGGCGUGGAUGAAGACCCUGCACCAGACAGCCACCGCUUGGCUACAACUUUUGCCAAAGGAACUGCCGACGUUGCGUCGCACGGUGGAGAACAUCAAGGAUCCGCUGUACCGGUUCUUCGAGCGCGAGGUGGCGGCCGGCGCGGCGCUGCUGCAGCAGGUGCUGCAUGACCUGCGUGCCGUCAUCUCCAUCUGCCAGGGCGAGAUGAAGCAGACGAACGAGACGCGAUCUAUGGUGGGGGCGUUGGUGCGCGGCAUUCUGCCGGCGUCAUGGCGGCGCUACGCGGUGGCGCGCGGCUGCACCGUGCAGCAGUGGGCGGGCGACUUCGCCUCGCGUGUGCAACAGCUCGCCGCAGUCUCUGAGGCGGUCGCUGAACGCGGCGCUAAGAGGCUGCAGAGUAUACCAAUAUGGCUGGGCGGUCUUCUCAACCCCGAAGCGUACAUCACGGCUACGCGCCAGUGCGUCGCACAGGCCAACUCCUGGUCUCUGGAGGAACUGCACUUGCAGGUGACAAUCCCCGACCCGGGCACGCCGACGGAGAACGCGCAGACGGAGUGGUCUUUCUCAGUGACGGGGCUGAAACUGCAGGGCGCCACCGUUAAGGGCAAUCGGCUGCUACUCACCAACACCAUCAUGGUGGACCUGCCCCUCACCGUGCUCACCUGGGUCCGCGGUCCGGAGGAACCGGUGAACGGACAGACGCUGACACUGCCCGUGUACUUGAACAGCGCUCGUUCAGAACUACUGUUCACGGUGCGGCUGUCAAUUGCACCAGGACAGGAGCAGCACGCGUUCUACGAGCGCGGUGUCGCCCUUCUCACAUCUACUGCACUGAACUAAACUCAUAUAACUCAAAACUAACAACACUCAAUAUACCCAACACUCAGUAAACUCAUAACAUUCAAUAUACUCAUUGAACUUAGUAAAGUCGCGCAACUCCACAAAAAAUUAAUAUAAAAAGCCUUUUUCAUUACAUUUCUUUCUAAUGUAUGCAAAGGAAAUACAAAGUUCCAUAUAUUUUCGCAAUAUAGCGAGGAUUUUUAUAUUCCUGGCCAAUCUAUAAUAUGUCAUUUUGAGAAUAAAAUCGGUUUUAC